GCGGCUGAGCUGGUGGAGGUGGAGGAGGAGGAAAGGCGAGUCGGGCGCUUUGACGGAGCGGGCGGCGGCCAUGUUGGGAGCGUCGGGGCAGCUGUAGCAGUGGAGGCCUGUGUGGCAGGGCGCUGAGUGGCUUUCCGGGCCCAAGCGAGGGGAAGAGCGAGAGGGAAGCGGCCUGGCCUGUGGCGUGGGGGAAACGAGGGAGCGGAGGCGGCGGAGGCUCCGUCCGAAGCCGGACCUGACUGGGGUGCUAGAGGGGGGCGUGAGGAAGCCUCGAGCCGGGCCUCUGCUUCAGCCGCCGCCAUGAGCGGGGGGACGCCGUAUAUCGGCAGCAAGAUCAGCCUGAUCUCCAAGGCCGAGAUCCGAUAUGAGGGCAUCCUCUACACCAUCGACACCGAGAACUCCACGGUGGCUCUCGCGAAGGUUCGUUCAUUUGGUACAGAAGAUAGACCAACUGAUCGGCCUAUACCACCUCGUGACGAAGUAUUUGAAUACAUUAUAUUCCGUGGCAGUGAUAUCAAGGAUUUAACCGUUUGUGAACCACCCAAACCACAGUGUUCUCUGCCCCAGGAUCCAGCUAUCGUUCAGUCCUCUCUAGGAUCGUCUUCUACUUCUUCAUUCCAAUCUGUGGGUUCCUACGGUCCUUUUGGCAGAAUGCCAGCCUACAGCCAGUUUAGUCCAAGUCCAUUAGUGGGCCAGCAAUUUGGCGCUGUUGGUGUUGGAAGUUCACUGACAUCUUUUGGAACUGAAACUUCAGCCAAUGCUAACUUGUCCCAAAGCAGCGCAGUUGGUUCCACUUUUACAACUGAUGCAAGGUCAUUAAAAACACAGCUCUCUCAAGGUCGCUCAAGUCCUUCGUUAGACCAUUUGAGAAAGAGCCCAACCCUGGAGCAGGCAGUACAAACAGCAGGAACCCACUUAUCUGCUUCAGCACCAGUUGGGAGAAGGAGUCCUGUUUCAGCCAGACCUCAAGGGUCUGCUAGUCAAAAAUCAUUGGAAAAUCAGGAGCACAGAAGAGCUGAAGCACACAAGAUUUCAAGAUCUGAAGCAGAGCAUCUGAGAAAUGAAAACAAACGUCAAAUGGGUCCCUUCAAAACCUAUUUUUCCCCAGUUCCAGGUGCACCUUCAGCACGAAGGGGCCGUGGGGGUCACCGGGGAGGCAGAGGAAGAUUUGGUAUUAGACGGGAUGUUCCAAUGAAGUUUGAGAAGGACUUUGACUUUGAAAGUGCUAAUGCACAAUUCAAUAAAGAGGAAAUAGAUCGCGAAUUUCACAACAAACUAAAACUGAAAGAAGAUAAACCAGAGAAGCCUGUAAAUGGGGAAGAUAAAGGUGACUCAGGUGUUGAUACCCAGAACAGUGAAGGCAAUGCAGAUGAAGAGGAUCCACUUGGACCCAACUGCUAUUAUGACAAAACCAAGUCUUUCUUUGAUAACAUUUCCUGUGAUGACAAUAGAGACCGAAGACCAACCUGGGCUGAAGAAAGAAGACUAAAUGCAGAGACAUUUGGAAUUCCAUUGCGUCCAAACCGUGGCCGGGGUGGCUACAGAGGUAGAGGAGGUGGAGGAGGAGUUGGCGGCUUCCGGGGUGGAAGAGGACGCGGAGGCACAAGAGGAAAUUAUGGCGCCCCUCGAGGAUUUCGUGGUGGAUUCAGAGGUGGACGUGGCGGCAGAGAAUUUGCGGAUUUUGAAUAUAGGAAAGACAACAAAGUUGCUGCAUAGCUGAAGUUGAACGCAGGUGGACCUGUAGAUCUUCAUGAUCCAGAGAAUGUGUCAGUCUUUGCAAAGAAUUGUUAAUUUGCUGUAAAACUCGUCACCAGCACUGGGGUUUGUUUUUAAUUUCAAAGGGGUAUGGAGCAGAACUCUUUUUGGAGAAAAAAUGGCCAUCUUCAAAAACAAUGAGCAUUAAAUAUAUUUGAGAUAGAAGACUUAAGUAAUUUCUUACAUAGAGUUAAAAUAUAAAGCAGUACUUCAGUGGAGUUUUUAAGUAUUUUUUUCAUUACAAAAAGAAUUUAUCAAAUUGUAUUUGAUUACUACUGCAGGCUGCAAAGACAAUUGUAUGCAGAAGGCCGUCAGUACUGUGAGUGUGUUGAGCCAGUGAAGGUUGUUUUUGGAAAUCCUUUAAUCUCCCUUUUGAGAUGGUUGUGCUCUUUGUCAAAUAGGGUGCUGGGCAAUAGAAAACUUGAUUUUUGUCAGUCAAAAACAAUGUAAACACAGUAAAUCCUGUUUCUUAGGCAAAGGAAAACUUUUUAUAGUUGUAAAAUUCCAUGAUUAUCCCAUUGCCAAAGAAACACUAAAGACUUUGUAUAGCUGUAUAAAAGCAACUAAUUUUUUAAGAAUAAACAUUUUUAAGUCUACAAACCUGCUGGGUUGAAAUGCUAAAACACAAACACACCACACACAUUAGUUGUUUUGCAGGGGCGGUUCCUCAUAGCUGUUCAGCUUUAAACUUGUUUGAUUUUUAUAUUUUGACUAAAAAUAAACAUUUUAGAUGUUCUUCCAUUAUAUAAAAACUGGAUAAAAUAAUUCUCUUGCAAGAAAUUCAUUUUGUAGGUUUUGGCAUAUUGCAGGAUUUGACCAGAUUAAUGGGCUUUUUUCAAAUGAAGACAAACCUCAACACUCAUGUCACAAUUCACAGUUCAUAUUAGUGAUAACUCUUGGAAGUAAAAAUGACCCAGGCACACACAAGUUCUUAUGUUUCCUUUGAUGUGCCCGGAAUAAAAAUGACAUGUCUCCAUGUGUUGAUUCUUGAAAUGUUGACUCUGUUUUAAUGUUGACAUACUCAAUUUAAAAGUGACUAUUUAGUGUUUGCAAUUGCUUGAGUUUUGAUGAACUGUAGCUUGGAGACAUUGACUGCUUAUUCUUAUCCCAACAGUGAUUUGGUAUGGAGUAAACUUUUGCCAAUUCUGAAAUACUAGUUAUGACUUUUUUGACAUUAAGUUAUAAUUAGAAACAGUAAUUUGGUAACUUGUAUUUUGUAUGUGUGUAUGAAAGCCACAGGAAUAAAGGGAUCCAAAGAUUAAACAAUUUUUACCUAA